AUGAGAUUCUUCCGCGGUGCCACUGGUUCGCUUCCUGUCAUUGCCAGUACGCUGGCCCUCACCAAUGCAAUCGAUUUCAAGAGCGGCUUGGGUGCGAAGACUACCGAGCAAGCAUCCGUCGGGCAAACCUCCUCUGAUUCCGCCGUCAGUCUUGCACCGGUGGAGCCGGUUGCCGCUUGCUCGAAUCUGCUAGCUGUUGAUCUCACCGCUAUCGGCGGAAAUGGCAGUAACAUCACUGCUGCCCAAGAGAGUGAUAGAGAUGGUAUCACCUAUUGCUCAGUUACUGGAAACUUUGCCUCCUCUGCGGGCUGGCAAGUCUUGCUCCCAGUUGCAAAUUGGACGCAGCGCUACAUGCAAGUCGGAUGCGGGGGGUUGUGCGGCAAUAUCAACAUCCAGCCAGGUGCUGCUGAUGGCUCUGCUGAAGUGAGCAACGGAGAGUUCGCGUUGGCCUCCACGGACAUGGCGGGUGGCUCUGAUGGCAAGUUCGGACUCGAUGAAGACAGACGAGCGGCCUUCGCGUACCUGGCUGUUCAUCAGACAGCCGAGACUGCUAAGAAACUGAUCAAGGUUUACUACGGUCAGGAAGCAGCUUACUCGUAUUUUAAUGGUUGCUCUGACGGUGGUCGUGAGGCUGUCAUGGAGGCAAUUCGCUAUCCGAACGACUUUGACGGUAUCAUUGCUGGCGCACCAGCCAUGCUCUUCACGUUCCAGAACAGUUUCCACCACGGUUGGCUAUCGGUUAGCAACACCGACGACGAAGGAAAGCGCAUCGUCAUCGCUGACCGCGCUUCAAUUCUUCACAAAGCUGUCGUCAAGGCUUGCGACCCUCUUGAUGGUAUCGAGGAUGGCCUUCUGUCCGAUCCCAGACUCUGCGACUUUGACCCAUCGACAAUCAAAUGUGCAGCAGACGCCACCGACAACACUACUGGUAAGUACCUGACAGUUGGAGAAGAGCAGUACGGCUCGGAGUUAGCUUGGUCCGGUGUUUUCGUCGCAGACUCGUACACAGGCGACAUCAUGAGCACCAACGCAGCGCUUUCUGCCAUCAAGUAUCUGAUUUUCGAAGAAUAUCCGGGAGACAACUACACCCUCAGUGACUUCGACUUCGCCAAAUCCACCAUCGAUCUGUUGCGUGCUCGGCAUCCUCUGCUUGACGCCGUAAGCUCAGAUCUCUCAGAGUUCCACAAGGCUGGAGGCAAGCUCAUCAUUUGGCAUGCACUACAGAAGACCAUGGGGAGAGAUGUGCUGAGCGAGUUCGAGCGUCUGUAUCUCCUUCCCGGGGUGUAUCACUGCGGGAAUGGUGAAGGUCCCUCGGUGAUUGACCUGGUGACUCCCAUGCUGGAGUGGGUGGAGUCUGGUAUAGGGCCCGACGCGAUUGAAACGAGCACGCCGACCAACACGGGUGAGAGCAAGUUCGGCCAAUGGGCCGAAUCCGGUUCUGGCACUGGUGGACCCUCGGCUCCGCAGCGCAAUUUGGAGGUGGAGGCGUCGUCUUCGGGAUCAGCAGCUAAGAUCGUCACGCGUCCGGUUUACCCGUACCCCGCAGUGGCCAAGUACAAAGGAGCUGGUGAUGUGAACGACGCUGAAAACUUCGAAAAGGGUAAUGCUCUUUACACGAAACCCACUAGUUCCUGGUUGGGUGAAGACUUCUUCCAACCAUACACGCCUACUAAGGCAUAA